CCUAACGUCACACAACGCCCACCCAUCCCCGCUUCCCUCUCCCUCUCCCCCCAAACUCCGUUUCAUUCACUCCUGCAUUUACUCCAUCAACUGACUCUCUCCUCUCUCUCUCCCUUCUCCUGAAACAUAAACUACAAAGCGUUUCGUUUUCCCUCUCUUUCUUUCCCUCUUCUCUUCUCCCCCGCUUCCCUUCCCUUCCCUUUCUUCACUCUUCUUCAAGCUCAGCACGAUCUUCUUUUGGAAAACAACGCUGUAAUGAGCGGCAAUCUCUCUCCAAAAGGAAAGUGAGGGGGUUUUUCCUAUUUCUUUUUUAAAUUUCUUUUCAUUCUGUUUUGGAUUGGAGUAUCCUCUUUCGGAAACUACUGCUGAAGGGGAAACUUCAUCAAUUUGCCGAAUUGAGUCCUCAUUUCACAUUUCCGUAAUCAAUGCCUAUCGAUUAUGUCGUCUCCUUUCUCGUCGCCUGACUCUGUUUGCUGUUCUGGUAGUUCUCUCUCCAAUCUGGAACGCUUUCUUCGUUGUGUCACUCCCACGGUUGCUUCCAGAAUUCUUCCUCAGAGUUGGUUAAAUGACAUAAAUACCCUGUGGCAACCUCUUGGCAAGGACACAACUGAAUACUUCUCACUGAAAGAUCUCUGGGAGUGGUUUAAUGAAUGGAGUGCGUAUGGUGCUGGCAUCCCUGUUGUCCUGGAAAAUGGCGAAACUGUGAUGCAAUACUAUGUCCCGUAUCUUUCGGCCAUCCAAAUCUACAGUGACAAAUCUGUUGCACCUUCUAGGAUCCGGAGAGAGGAGAAUGAGAUUGUGGAAUUUGAAAGUGAUUCAUGGAGUGAUGAUAGUGGUAGUGAUAACAUUUCUCGGUCGUUAAGUAACAACUCUAGCAAAUCAUGGGAUGCCAUUUCUGAGGAUUCCAGUUGUGAUCAUGAGGGUUCAUGGCCAAGAGAUAGGCUUGGUUACCUUUACUUACAGUAUGCUGAGAUGUCUCCUCCUUACUGGAGGGUCCCGCUUAUGGACAAGAUAACUGAAUUGGCAAGAAAUUAUCCAGCAUUAAUGACAUUGAAGAAUGUGGAUCUUUCUCCUGCUAGUUGGAUGGCAAUUGCUUGGUACCCUAUUUAUUCCAUACCAAGUCAGAAAAACGAAAAGGAUUUGGCAGCAUGCUUCCUCACUUUCCAUACAUUGUCAUCAUCUUUCGAAGAUUGUGCAAUGGAAUAUGAUAACAUCAACAAUGGGAAAGACCUAUGCUUGGAAAACAUGGAAAGUGUUGGAGGAGAGAAAUGCAAGAAAAAUAGCUCGGGCUUUAUAUCAAUGCCUCCCUUCGGACUAGCCACUUACAAAAUGCAGGGUGAUCUGUGGCUGAACCCAAAUUCAUCAUCUGAUCAUGAAAGGCUAGCCUAUAUGUACAGUGCUGCAGAUUCAUGGCUAAAGCAGCUCAAUUUCCACCACCAUGACUUCAACUUCUUCACAUCCCACUCUUCUCUGUAAAUUGCUCUCUUUCUGCAUAACUACCUGACCACCUUUGUGUUUUGGCUUUCGGCUUCGGCAGUAUUGGGAUUUUCUCAAGUUGUAAGUUUGUGAAGUGUCUCUAAGAUAAGAGAGAUAUAAUAGAGUGACAUGAGGGAAUAGAUGGGAAGAGAGGAAGUUGUCAGUCAGUUAAGUGGCUGAACCCUGCUUAUUUUUGUCGUUCUUUUUCUCACUCUGGAGGCUUUUUAGAAGGUUCAAUUUCAUCUGACACCGGCAUGUGAAAUUCCCCUAGCAGCAUAUUCCGAUGAGUGCCAUUGAGAAACUUGGGAGGUUAUAUGUCUAAGGAGUGUAUAACCCCUAGGUUCAAGCUACUAAAGAUUUGCGGCUGGGGGUCUUCUAAACUGAGUUUGGUUUUUUGGGGUUGUUUUUGCGAGUUUCAUUAAUAGAGGGUAAGAGUUUAGACUUUGGAUC